AUGAUGUCUGGGGGUAUGAUUCGGUCCGCGGUGAGGGCUUCCGGAAGCCACGCUGCGUGCUCCAUCAGAAUUGGAGCUGCAUCGCAAUUAGCCUCAGUGAGCAAGCGCCAAUUGCAAGGAGCAUAUCCUCAUACUCAGAUUGGGGAUAAAAGAUGGAUUUCGGUCUACGGGUAUACGCAAUCGAAGGCUCUCAUCUACUCGCGCUACGGAGAGCCCAAGGACGUCCUGCAGCUUCACAAGCACUCCAUCUCCGCGCCCCAUGGUACUCAAGUGAAUCUCCGCCUGCUCGCUGCGCCGCUGAAUCCUGCCGACGUGAAUCAGAUCCAGGGUGUAUACCCGAGCAAGCCACCGUUCCAAACGACACUCGGUACGCAGGAGCCGGCCGCUGUCGCUGGAAAUGAGGGCGCAUUCGAGGUUUUGUCCACCGGCUCUGGAGUGAAAAACCUCAGCAAAGGUGACUGGGUUGUCAUGAAACAGACUGGACAGGGCACCUGGCGCACUCAUGCUCAGCUGGAUGAAUCGCAGCUGAUUAAGAUUGAAAACAAGGACGGCUUGACCCCACUUCAGAUCAGUACGGUUAGUGUCAACCCAGUAACAGCUUACCGCAUGAUCAAAGAUUUUUGCGACUGGGACUGGAUGCGUGCCGGAGAGCACUGGUUGAUCCAGAACGGGGCAAACAGUGGUGUUGGACGCGCUGCUAUUCAGCUUGCACGAGAGUGGGGUAUCAAGACCCUCAAUGUCGUCCGGGAACGGAAGACCCCAGAGGAGACAGAAGCUCUGAAGAAAGAACUUACAGAUCUCGGUGCGACUGCGGUGGUCACAGAGGCCGAGUUGCUUUCAGGCGAAUUUAGGAACGUUGUACAUGAGCUCACGCGCAAGGGGAAGGAGCCCAUCCGCCUCGCUUUGAACUGUGUGGGUGGAAAGAGUGCCACCGCACUCGCAAAAACACUCGCACCAGGUUCGCAUCUGGUCACCUACGGGGCCAUGUCGAAGCAGCCAGUUUCUCUGCCGUCGGGAUUGUUGAUCUUCAAGAACCUCGUUUUCGAUGGCUUCUGGGUUAGCAAAUGGGGCGACCAGAAUCCGCAGCUGAAGGAAAACACCAUCAAUGAUGUACUGCAGCUGACACGGGCUGGUAGGUUUAAGGAUAUUCCCGUUGAGGAGUUCAAAUGGAAAUGGGACACCGAGGGCUCCGAGCUUGUAGCAGGCGUGCAGGAAACCCUCAGCGGUUACCGCAGCGGCAAGGGCUUGCUCAGGUACGAGGAACAGGAAUGA